AAAUUUUUUUCAAAAAAUAAGUCAUUUUUGCAAAAUAUUUUUUCUGAUAAUUUUUUAUAUAUCACACAUGAGAGUUAGCGGCCAAGUUUGAAGUAGGUGGAGCUCAAAUGUUGAUAAGUUUGUAAUUAUGUAGUCAUAGUGAGUUUGAAGGUAAUGUCUGACGCAUUACUCUCCCUAGACCCCACUUGUGGGAUUCCACUAGGUUUUUUUUUUUUUUUUUUGUUGUUGUUGUGGGUUUGGAAACAAGAUUAGGAGUGGGAGCAAAAGCUGGUUGGACUUUUAGAAUUCUGUUGUGGCAGCAAGCAUGGAAAUUAGAGAUGGAUAGGGAGUAAGAGCAUGAAGUUAUCCGAUGCUUAUUAAGUUUGUUAGCAUGGUAUUAUUGAAACCAGCAGUGUAUGCAAGAUUUUUCAUAAGCAAUGUUAGUAUUUGAAGAAUUGAACAAAUGAAUAAAUUAGUAUAAUGACAAGUGGUGCCAUUUUUUUAAUAUUUAUAUCCAAUAUUUUCAUUUUGCUUAUUAUCUAUACACACAUCUAGUAAAAAAUGUUGACGAAGAGGUGUGUCCUAAGACACCGCUUGGGAAAAGGUAUAUCCGCCCUUGAUUGAAAAAUAACUUAGGAAAUUGGAAACAACGUAGCCAUCUCAGGUUUGGAAGUUUUUGACAUGCAUUUUGCACUCAGGGAAGUCCAAAUCAAUCUUUUCACAGAAACUUUGGACUGAUGUCUUAGUUUGCUAGUCCCAAAAUUUGAGGUUGAUUCCAUCUUUGGGGUUCAAACCCCAUCAUGAGCUGCCUUGAGAGAGAGAGAGAGAGAGAAAGAGAGCGGUUCAAUCUCAAAUCUCAUGCUCAAUGAAUUUUUUCUAAAAAAUGCUGGUUCGAAGUGCACGAAAAAAGAAAAAGCAGGGGUGAAGCCAUGGCUCGUUACGCUGCAAUAUUUCAAGCUUGUUAGCAUUCACCACUUCUCCAUGUAUCUCAUUUCAAAUUUCAGCGAUUUCCAAUUGACUUGUCUUGGUGGGUUUGUUCUUCAUGAGAGUGUCUUCUUCUUGUCUGGACUCCCGUUCAUUCUUUUUGAAAGAGCAGGGUGGUUUGGAAAGUACAAAAUUCAGAAGAAGAAUAACAGCCCGGAAGCUCAGGAGAAAUGUAUCACUCGUCUGCUGAUGUAUCAUCUUUGUGUUAAUCUCCCAAUCCUGCUUGGAUCAUAUCCUGUCUUUAAAUUCAUGGGGACGCGAAGUAGUCUUCCACUGCCGUCCUGGAAAGUGAUUUCAACACAAAUAAUAUUCUAUUUCAUCUUGGAGGAUUUUGUGUUUUAUUGGGGACACAGGAUUUUACAUACGAAAUGGCUCUACAAGCAUGUCCACAGUGUCCAUCAUGAGUACGCAACACCAUUUGGGUUGACUUCUGAGUAUGCUCACCCUGCUGAAAUUCUCUUCCUUGGAUUUGCUACAAUAAUUGGUCCUGCAAUCACGGGCCCCCAUUUGAUAACAUUAUAUCUCUGGGUCUCACUUAGAGUCCUUGAGACAGUUGAGGCACAUUCCGGGUACCAUUUCCCUUGGAGCCCGUCAAACUUCUUGCCACUAUAUGGGGGGGCUGAUUUUCAUGAUUAUCAUCAUCGACUGCUCUACACGAAGUCCGGCAACUACUCGUCAACAUUUGUAUACAUGGACUGGAUAUUUGGUACUGACAAAGGUUACAGAAAAUUGAAGUCCCUGAAGGAAAAUGAACGUUUCGAAGCUGUGGGCAAAGAAAUGUGAAGAAGAUGGGAAAGGGAAUAAAACUAUGCCUUCUUGGGCAUCACAUUACGGGUUUCCGGUAGAAAUAGUAUAUAGGCCAAGGGUCAAAUUGUUGUAACUAGUCAUCUUGUGCGCUUGUUGUAUUCGUCUGUGGUUUUAAGAGAAACAUUUUUAUGUUAAGGUGGAUCAAUUAGAAGAUUGUGCUGGAAAACUUUUUCUCCCUGCAAAUCUGCACUCCCAUCUUUUUGCUCUUAUAUGAUUGUAAGUUCCAUUC